UCCCUCCACAGUCCACACCCUACCAUUCCAUCACCAGACUCCCCGAUAGCAAAAGAUGCUAAAUUUCUCAUGUGUCAGGGCAUAUGUGAACGUGUCAGCCAUCCACUGAGUGGUUCGUUCAAACCAGAUAACGAGCAGACAUGAAACAUGAGACUCGGUACUCUUGCUCUUGCUCUUGACCACUCCAACCGUAAUUCUCUCGGUGAACCCACUCGAUGGCCUAAAUGUUAGCAGCCGCAGAGUACAGCAACCAUACCGGCCGGCAGCUGCAGCCGGAGACGAGCCAGAGCGAGCUCAGCUUACCUAGAGUGCUCUGUGUCCUAUCUUCCAUGAUAGAGAAGCUGGUGGCACGAAAUGACAGGCUCGUUGAUGGCCUGGACCAGCAGCUCGACGGGCUGUGCUGUGGCUCUGUGAGACUCGGGAAGAGCUUGAAACCCUUUCAUGGUGUGAGAGCUCCGAGCAUAAGCAUACCCAAGUAUUUGGAGAGGAUUUACAAGUACACUAGUUGCAGCCCAUCUUGUUUCGUGGUUGGUUAUGCGUAUAUAGACAGGCUCAUACAUAGGCACCCUGACUCGCUUGUGGUAUCCUUGAAUGUACACAGAUUGAUAAUUACCAGCGUCAUGGUUGCUUCCAAGAUGCUGGAUGAUGUACAUUAUGACAACGCGUUUUAUGCUCGAGUGGGAGGAGUGAGCAACGCUGAAUUAAACAAGCUUGAAAUAGAGUUGCUCUUUCUAUUAGAUUUUGGAGUGAUGGUAAGCUCUCGGGUUUUCGAAGGCUACUGCUUGCACUUGGAAAAAGAGAUGCUUGUGAAUGGGACAGGCAUGAAGAUUGAGAGAGCAUUGGUAGCCAGCGCUGUAGAUGACCCUGAGACCGAAAUAUCAGUUGAAGAUCGUUUUAACUCUUCCCCAUCAUCUUAAAUUGUGCUUGCGGGCUGACCUAAUGACCUUGAGUCAUUUGUUUUGCUGAAUUUUGGGUCCCCUGCUUCCCUCCUCUUUUCAUUCUUCCUCGUUUUCAUAAUCUUCUCAAAUCGUGUCACACCUUUCUAUUCCUGCGGAAAAAGGAUGAAGCUUGUAGUUCAUGGAAUCCAUACGAGUAGUGUCAACUUGGCUAUAAUCGAAAUUUGUUAGUUAUUAAAAUUGGAGCAAUGUUGAAUAGCCUCGGUGGCUAUCUUCUAUCUCAUCCAUUAUCAAUGAUAUGUGGGUUUUCAA